AUGCUUCAACAAAGAUUAGCGCGGUCUCUUCAGACCUUCUCGCGACAGUCACAGGUCCUACGAACACCCAGAGCCGCAUUCACACCCUUUUCCGCGGCCCGAUCACGAGUUGCGCCGGCAGCAUCACAGCAACUAUCAGCUCGGCGAUGGUAUUCAUCGAAGGAAGAGUCUGACAAGAAGCAAGAGGAGGUACUCAAGGAUUCACCUGAGGCUGAGCCCAGCAAAGAUGCAUCAAAAGAUGGCGCAAAAGAGGAUCAUGUGCAGAAGGAGCUGGAAGCCAAGAAGAAGGAGAACCUGGACCUGACUGAUCGAUUAAAACGACAAGUCGCAGACUACCGCAACCUCCAAGAACAGACGAAGCGAGAGGUAAACGCAGCACGAGACUUCGCUCUCCAGAAGUUCGCCAAGGACCUCCUCGACAGCGUUGACAACCUGGAUCGAGCUCUGCAGAAUGUGCCACAAGAGAAGAUCACGCAGGAGAACAAGGAAUUGUCGGAUCUCUACAACGGUCUCAAGAUGACGGAGGAGAUCCUGAUGAAGACGCUGGCCAAGCAUGGCAUGGAGCGCAUUGAUCCAAGUAUUGAGGGUGAGACCUUCAACCCAAACAUCCACGAGGCGACCUUCCAGGCGCCUCAACCCGACAAGAAGGAUGGCACCGUUUUCUUCACGCAGCAGAAGGGUUUCUUGUACAAUGGCAGAGUACUGAGGGCGGCCAAGGUUGGCGUCGUGAAGAACUCAUAA